AUGGUCCAGUACAUCUUUACUCCAUGGCGCGAUCGUCAGGAGCUGCUCCUCGUCCGCGACCAGCUCUACGCCGACAGACGCCUCCCCAAGCACGACGAACCGGACCGUGAUGCUCGUCGUGCCCGUCAGCACCUCGCCGUCGCCCGCAUCUCCAUGUGGGUGCAGCGAGGCAGCUGCCCGCACAUGGUGGAGUCGACCGCCCUGCUCUUCGCCGCCGUCCUGAGCGAUGAGAUUGCCGCUACCCAGAGCGCUGGCUCGUCCACCUACGCGGUCCGAGCUGCUUAUUCGGCGGCCUUUAGUCGAUUUGUUACAGGCCUCCUAGAUGGCCACCAGGACAAGCUCCGCAAGCAGAGCAUGUAUUCCAUCGCCAAGGUGAUUGGCCUGCCGGCCACAUUUGUCGAGCUGCGCCACCAGGCCACCCACGAGCAGCUGCCUUCUCUCGCCAAGUUGCGCCCAGCUGCGCACAGGGCCCUCGACUGGAUCUGGGACUAUUACUGGAAGCAGCUCGAUCAGGGCGGCGACGGCGCAACUCCGGUGCAGGAUCCUUGUAAAGGGGCGGUACUUGGAUACCUGCGCGAGGAGGACGAGCAGCGUAGGCAGGCAAUGCUUGCGCGCGAGCUCAGUAAAUGGGAGAUGAACGAGCUCAUGGCUACCAUAAAGGAUCUGCAGACGACGCUCCCUGGCAACCAGGUAUUCCUAAAAUGCAUGAAGCUCAAGCAGGAGCUUAUCGCCCUGGAAAAGGUCAAACUCCAAGCACCAGCUGUCAUGGAAGCUGAUGCUCUUGUUCAAGGGGAGCAGCCGACAGUGCUCGAAGCACACGGUGUCGAGGCAGAAGAGUCUGACGAGGACGACAUUGGCUGGUCCAAAUACCAAGGACAAUGGAAGCCAAAGCCAAUUGGCAUCGUAUAA